ACCAGGCAAACCUGAGCUCUCUUACGAGCAUUCCGCCAUCAGGCAGCCUGAAGAAGAAGCGCGGCCCACUGAACAUGAAGAGGCCAUUCAUAACCAUGAAGGAAAUGAGAUCAUCGAAGAGCCACCAAGACAUGCUCCUGAGAGACUGAUAUCAGGUCAUGAGUUCCAUCAGCAGCAGCCUCUGGUUCGUCAGAGUCUGCGAUCUUCAUGUCUCGUUUUUGUAAUGUUUGGUAAUUUUAUUUGUAGUGCUAAGGGCUUUGGCCACCUAGUUUAUUUGAUAUCAGCCUAUAUGUACUGCUUGAGAGUACAUAUAGGCUCACCAUCUCAAGGACAGAUGAAUGUCGAUUGAUAACCUCAACGAGAUCUCUAAGACUUUGUUUAGACUGAAGUUCGUUAAUAGAUCGUUAUGAUUGAAGAGUUUCUCGUUGAGAAGGGACCUGAUAUCCCGUCCACCAUGACCUAGUAAAAUCCAUAGCUCUCAGUUGUACGCGCAACAGUUGAUUGGGCUGAUAUAAAUAAUGAAUGCCGUCAAUGCAGAAGAUACGUCUGGAUCGGUUCAUACACUUUCUUAUUAUAUCCAACCCUACCUUUUAUCGAUGUUAUCCAACUAAGGUUAUAGAUGUAUUUGAUUCAAACCUUUAUUUGGUUAUAAUUUGAACCUUUUUCGUAGGCCACGCUAUCUCUCCAUAACUGACGCCAUCUCAUCCGGCCUCUUCAUAACCUGCAAUGAGGUUUUGUUGAAACAAAAUCACUCUCAACAGUCCGCCCGGUUUGAUUAAUUGUUAGAAUGUCUCAUCCUUACAGUUCAUCUUAAUGUACGAAACAAAAACUGCAUCAUUCACUUAUAUUAUAAAGCACCACGUUCCUUCCUCAGCCUUUUCCAUUGUGAAUAUAUCCCUCUUAAUGUACCAAACAAAAACUGCAUCAUUCACUUAUAUUAUAAAGCAUCACGUUCCUUCCUCAGCCUUUUCCAUUGUGAAUAUAUCCCAAGACAAAAAAAAAAAAAGAAAGAAAGAAAAUUGUUCCUAGGAAAUCCACAAUUUUAAGGAAUGGAGACUAAGAACAUUACAAUCCUGCUCCUCACCUUCACCUUUUUCUCUUCCUUGCUCCUCAACCCGAACAAGGCCUGCGGCUUGGUCCGCCGAGGGGGUGCAUUACGUCAUCUGUGUGUGUCGGAACUGUGCUGCAAGACCACCUACCCCUUGCUCUGCGUCUCCACCAUGUCCCUGUUAAUGAACAAGAGGUCCCCCUUCAAUGACCCGUUGUUCGUCUUCCAGACCUCGGUCAAGGUUGCUGCUAAAGAGGCCCGGGCAGCCGUUGUGUGUGUGGAUCGAAUGAUUAGGGCAGAGAAGAAGCUGGCCAUGCUCGAGAGCCGCAGGCAUUGCAGGGGCUUCUUCAAUGAAGCAGUUGAGGAUAUCCAGAAUGCUGUCAACGCAAUCCCUAGGCGGGAAUAUGGGACGAUAACAACUGCCCUUAGUAACGCCAUAGGUGAAUUCGGGUCAUGCAAUGAGGAGUUCACGGGAAUGAACAAGCUUAGCCGGAGCAACGUGAGGGCUGACCACAUCAUUGAUCGAUGAUGUCUUACUUAAUUAUUUCUUGGUUCUAAUUAAGUUUCUCUCCAGAAAUGCUGCCCAACUCUGCUCCUCCUUCCGAAAUUGAAGAUGCCAUAAUGGAAGAGUUGGGUCUAAUUAAUUGAGGAGGGGAUGACACCAUCAUGGAAGGAACAAUUUACGCGCUACGGGGCAUUCUUCUGAUCCUGGCCGUGAUUAUUUCCUUCGUGAAGAUACGGAUCAGCCCUAGUACGGAAAUCGUCCCCACCCUCAACUCCUGUGCGGGACUCAUGGGUUUCUUCUUCUUCAAGGUGUGGACGUGGAUCGUCGAGCGAUUUGGUGCCGCUCCCUGGGCUUCACAAGGCAAGGAAAUGCAGUGCUUCAGACCUGCAUUUUCUCUUCCUACCAAACCGCAUUUAGCGAUACGUAAUAUACUAAUACCAGCUUUCAGCAUUCAGCAGUACGGGAGGGUUCGGGAGUUAUCACUUCGAUCUGAGCGAACGGGUCGUGGGCCGAUCAGGCGACCCAGGCACACAAGAGUUCAUGAACCCGUCCCUGUUGUGGAUGGCUGGGUUUCUCCUGCUCAUCUGCUUCCCUGGCAUAUUGUUGAUGAUCCAACUCACGAAGAUUAUGAUCGUCGACCUUGGACUCAGUUUUCCUAGCGCCACAGCUAUGGGUCCCGUCAUCAACAGUCUCAACACACCUCAGGGAGCUGAACUGCAACACUGGGCUGGGCUGGAGAUGGAGAAGCUCAAUUCUGGUUUGCAAUUAUGGGAUAAUUACUUUAGUCGACUGCAAGAAAAUUAUUUAGUUUCACUUAAAUAAUAACUAAACAUAUAGCCUGCGCAUUGCGUGGGUAAUCUUUGUAAUAAAGCUUAUAGAUAUUUUUUGGUAUAAAAAAUCCAAAAGUAAAGAAAUUAAUACUGUACAAUCACAUAUACCGGUUAGUAAACAAAAACGUGCAUAAA